AUGCAGAUUGGACAGGUUGAACAAUCAGAAGUUGAAGGAAAUCAGAAACAUGGCGCAGUUGAAGUGUUCUUUAUAACGUCAGGUGGAUCAGUGCAAACAAUGGCAUAUGAUGUUCCACCGACUUGUCGCUGGUUUACAGACAAUUCUCCAACUUUAGAGUGUGCCCACCAGUUCGAACUCAAUCUCGAGAGCUUUUCGGCAGAACACUGUUGUUGUUUGGUGAACGAUGAGCCAGAGGAAGUGCCACGUGUGAAGAGGAACACAAUGAAAAGUAGAACUCCAAGAAUUAUUGCUAAUCGUCGUUUCGGGUAUCUCCGAAUCAUUCGAAUUUUACUUUCCAAGUCCAUAUUUUCUAUUCGUCGCAAAACUGUACGCCAUGUUAUCGAGGCGCUCAUUGUGGAGUGA